CCCGUCACUCUCUCCCCUCACCAACACCAUCUCACCCAACAAUGAGGCAAAAGCGCUCAAAGACCUAUCGCAAGCUUCUCUCUUCGUACAUCCUUCACUUUGGCUUCCGACCCCCCUUCCAAGUCCUCAUAGACGCCUCCUUUGCACAGACCUUGUCUGCCCUCCAUCUGACGCCGGAGGAGACAUUGAGCCGCCUAUCGGAUGUGCUGCAGACUUCGCAGCUCUCAAAGGGCAAGGUCAACAAGCAGACGGCGUAUCAGAGGCAUGCGAAUGGAGCUGGAGGGAUUGGAGGUGGUGGGAUGGGCAAUGAGGAGAUCAAGCUCAUGAUCACACAGUGCAGCAUGGUCGAGCUGUAUCGCUCCGAAAAGGAGGGCCCACUCCAAAAGGGAGCCGUAGAGCUCGCAAAGACCUGGGAGAGGCGUAAAUGCAACCACCGUGAAGCUAUACCCGGGGACGAGUGUCUGGAACAAGUGGUAGGCCCCACGAACAAGCAUCGCUACAUCAUUGCAAGCGAUUCGCAGACUCUGAGGAGGGAGCUGAGGGAGAAGAGUUUGGGUGUGCCCGUCGUGCACGCUAAUCAGAGUCGGGUGAUUGUGCUGGAGAAAAUGAGUGACAAGACGAGGCAGAGGAUUGAAGAGAUUGAAAAGGCCAAGUACGGCGGCACCGCUGUUGCCUCAUCCUCGAUUUCUUCUGCGGCCAACAUCAUUGGGGGCAGCAGCAGCGAAAAUGCCGAUCCCUCAAACUCGACGUCAGCUGCAGCGUCCUCAUCUACGGGCAUCAUUCGCGGAGGCAAUCGACCCAAGGCACCCAAUCCGCUUAGCAACCGCAAGCCAAAGAAGGUCCUCGAAGAAGAGAAGCGGGAGAAGGAGAGGAGAACGAGAGAGAUCGAGGAGAGAACCGAGGCCAACAGGCUCAAGAAGAGGAAGUUGGAGGAACAGGAACAGGAGCAGCAACAGGAGCAGGCGCGGGCGCCGGCGAAGCAGAUGGAUGGGCCUGCCAAGGAGGAUGUCAGAGGGGAGGAGAAGCGAGUUACGGCCAGGACGAAUAGCAAGGGGUCGACCAAGAUGAACGGUCAAGCGAAGGAGAAGGAGGAGGAUAGAGGAGUCGACGAGGACGGCCCGUCCAGAAAAAAGCGCCGCAAGCGUGGAGGCAGAGGUGGGUCGAGCGCAAAGGAGUCAGCAGCAGCAAGCACUUGAUUGUAGCGACACUAGUAGGUGUAAGAAAGAUAAUGUCACAGUCGGCGGUCAGCUCGCACCGCGGCCUUAGAGGA